AUGCGGAUCCUGACCCAUGCUGCCCUUUACUGCCUCCGUGGCUGUGGCUGUUCAGUGUCCAGCCUCAGUGUCCUCAUGGGUAAAACGGGUGACUACACCUCUGUGUCUCAGACGCUGUGUUAUUGGGAGACGGAUGCAGAUGCCCGGGAAGACGCCGAUGGCUGGGGGCCUGAGUGUCUUCAGUUUUUGCCCUCGGGCCCCCGCUGCCCUGCCCUGCCCGCCUCGCCGAUGCUCUACCUGUACCGCCCCGAGAGGCCCGCGCUGCCCCUGGCCUUCGCGCCCGCCGCUGCCCUGGCCGCCUCCGGCCGCGCCGAGCCCCCGCAGAAGCCGCCUUACAGCUACAUCGCGCUCAUCGUCAUGGCGAUCCAGGACGCGCCCGAGCAGAGGGUCACGCUCAACGGCAUCUACCAGUUCAUCAUGGACCGCUUCCCCUUCUACCACGACAACCGGCAGGGCUGGCAGAACAGCAUCCGCCACAACCUGUCGCUCAACGACUGCUUCGUCAAGGUGCCCCGCGAGAAGGGGCGGCCCGGCAAGGGCAGCUACUGGACGCUGGACCCUCGCUGCCUGGAUAUGUUCGAGAACGGCAACUACCGACGCCGCAAGCGGAAGCCCAAGCCAGGCCCCGGGGCCCCGGAGGCCAAGCGGCCCCGCGUCGAGACCCUGGAGCCGCGCGAGCUCGGCGGGGCCGCCAAGCCGGGGCCGGGCGGCUGUCUGAGCGCCGCGUUCCUGGCCGCCUCCUCCAGCCUCCGCCCGCCUUUCAACGCUUCGCUGAUGCUCGACCCGCACGUCCAGGGCGGCUUCUACCAGCUCGGGAUUCCCUUCCUCUCCUAUUUCCCGCUGCAGCUCCCCGACGCCGUGCUGCACUUCCAGUAAAGCCAGCAGCGGCGCGUUCUCUCCCCGCCCCGACCCAGCCUCCUCCGAGCGGCCGAAUCCCACGGGGAAGGGCUCCUGUACUUUGCAAAACGGCCUGGGCCUGGGCCGACGUGUGGACGUGGACGUGUCUGACCUCUGCGCAGGUGGUGGGCACGCCUGCCUCCUCCGCAGGGACUUUCUCCUGGAACCCGGGGGAUUGGGAGACUUAAAAGACCCUUUCCCCGAGACUUGGGCAUCGUGACCCCAUUCCACCCCAGUGGAAAAAUUCAGAGACUAGAAGUCACUGUCACAGUGCGACCUUCGACCUUCGGCUCUCCAGCUCUCCU